AAGGGGUUAGCUUAUUUGGUUACCUUCUUCUCUCCUCCCUUCUUUUCUCACACUCACACACAGAGAAGCAGAAAGGGUUUUAGGGUUUUACAAUGGAUAGAUACCAAAAAGUAGAAAAGCCGAAGCCAGAAUCACCCAUUAAUGAGUACGAGAUUCGAAUCACUUCACAGGGUUUGGUUCGAAACUACAUCAACUAUGCUAAUACUCUUCUUCAGGAGAGGCAUGGGAAAGAGAUUGUCUUGAAAGCAAUGGGUCAGGCAAUUAGCAAAGCAGUUGCUAUAGCAGAGAUCAUCAAGAGAAGAAUGCCUAUACUUCAUCAAGACACUGCUAUCAGCUCAGUAAGCAUAACAGAUGUAUGGGAGCCUAUUGAAGAGGGUCUUUUGCCUGUGGAGCAGACCCGCCAUGUUUCAGUGAUUUCAAUCAUGUUGUCAACACAAGAGCUGAACAAAAAUUCCGCCGGGUAUCAAGCUCCUUCUGAGGUUGAACAGAUGAAGCCACGGUAUAAUAAUUACCAGCCCCAGCUGCAGCAACAAUCUCCAAGACAAACACGUGCAGUCUAUUAUGCUGGUAAUGAAGAUUCAUAUGGGCGAGGACGAGGUCGUGGUAUAGCGAGGGGACGUGGUUGGAGCAGAGGUGGAUAUGGAAACUAUCAAGAAAAUGGUGGUUACUCAAACUGGGGCCGAGGAAAUGGUGGUUACUCAAACCGGGGCCGAGGAAAUGGUGGUUACUCAAACUGGGGAGAAGAAAAUGGUGGUUACUCAAACCGGGGCGGAGAAAAUGGUGGUUACUCAAACCGGGGCGGAGAAAAUGGUGGUUACUCAAACAGGGGCCGAGGAAAUGGUGGUUACUCAAACUGGGGCGGAGAAAAUGGUGGUUACUCAAACAGGGGCCGAGGAAAUGGUGGUUACUCAAACUGGGGCCGAGGUGGGGUCCGCAGUGGAUGGGAAUAUCGUGACAUAAACACAGGCUCUGGAUAUGGAGGAGGCAGAGGUUAUGGACGUGGACAUGAACGCAUGGACCUUCGUCCUCGAGGUGGUGGCGACCAGGCUUAGUAGGGGAUUGGCACAUUGUGUUUUUGCACAGAUGCCUUGGCUUAGUGGUUAUUCUGUCCAAAGUAGGUCUAAAGAAAGAAAAGCAUGAAAUUGUGGGUUGUUUCAUAUGCAGUGAUUUUGUUGUUUUUCAGCAUCGUGGAAUAUGGAAAAGCUUAUAUCCUCUAUUUGCUUUUAAUGAAGCCAAAGUCAAGUAGCCAAUUUCUCA